AUAAUUGAAAUGGCGCAUUUGGCUGCAGGCAGGUUGUGAGGGCGCUUUCUGCAGCAGCAUGCAUGCAUGUCCACGGACGUCAUUUGAUUUUAAUGGCCUGCAGGAAAUUUGGCGUUACAACUCCAGACAUUAAGGCAAGAGAGAAAGAGAGGGAGAGAGAGAGGGAGAGACAGAGGGAGCAGGGACACAGGGGGGAAAAUCACCGCAUGAAAAAAGAUAUUGGUUCAAGGAUAUCUCUUCAAUUUCAACAUAUUUUUCCUGCUGGGACUUUAUCAACAAGUUACUGCGCCCUUACUGCUUGUAGCCUGAGUGAAGGACUAUGGCAACUCGCCUGGUUUUAAACUUUACAUUCAGGCUGGAGAUGGAGAUGGAAAUGUGUGCCUACUAGCUGGAACUGCCUGGGGAGCUGUUACAUCAGGCGAAGUGACAAUGAUUAAAAUCUGCUUUUUUGCUCCUCUAACUGUAUUGAGCGAUUAACAGUUGCCAGUGAGGUUUCUUUAACCCCCUCUAAAUCACAACUUCUCAACGAUCUACUUUAGCUGAAAAAGAAAAUAAGAUAAGUUAUUAAAUCUGUACAGUCUUAAUUUCGGGACCAGAGGAGUAUCACGUUUUCUUCCUUGAGAAAAUUGCCUGGGCGAGAGAGUGGAGUUGAGCUAAUUGUAGCCUAAUCCCUGGCCCAGAGGCGCUUGGGCAGCCCGGAGCGAGAAUUUUCUUUUUUAGCUCUGCUCUGUUAUUUAGAGACGGAUUAUUGGCUUUCUUCUUCUCAUAACAAACCACAGGGGCAGUUUCAUUUAGGCAAAAAAGCAGACAAGAAGACGAAAUACGAAGCAGGAUUCCAACAAGAGCGCACAUUUUUACGCGUAUCCAAAUAAGAACUGAGAAGGGGAAGGAGAUCAUCUCAUCUAUGUACAAGAUGAUCGGGGUCUUUUAUGAAGAUUUCAUGAGUCUGGAAUCGGUUUCAACGUUUGAUCAUGGUCAGGAGGGAAGAAGCAUGUCACGGCUGUCUCUGACCCGGUCCCCGGUCUCUCCCUUGGCCGCUCAGGGGAUCCCUCUGCCGGCUCAGCUGACCAAGUCGAACGCCCCGGUGCACAUCGAUGUCGGGGGACACAUGUACACCAGCAGCCUGGCGACCCUCACCAAGUUCCCUGACUCAAGAAUCAGUCGUCUGUUCAAUGGCACCGAGCCCAUCGUGUUGGACAGCUUGAAGCAGCACUACUUCAUAGAUCGGGACGGCGAGAUAUUCCGCUACAUUCUCAGUUUCCUCAGGACCAGCAAAUUGCUCCUUCCAGAUGACUUCAAGGACUUCCACCUGCUGUACGAGGAGGCACGUUAUUACCAGCUGACGCCCAUGAUCAAGGAGCUGGAGCGCUGGAAGCAGGAGCGGGAGCAAAGGCGGAUGGCACAGCCCUGUGACUGCCUGGUAGUGCGCGUUACACCUGACCUGGGCGAGAGGAUCGCUCUGAGUGGGGAGAAGGUCCUUAUUGAGGAGAUCUUCCCCGAGACUGGAGACGUCAUGUGUAACUCAGUCAACGCCGGCUGGAACCAGGACCCCACGCAUGUCAUCCGUUUCCCCCUAAAUGGCUACUGCAGACUCAACUCCGUCCAGGUUCUGGAGCGUCUCUUCCAGAAGGGUUUCAGUGUUGCAGCAUCUUGUGGGGGCGGUGUGGACUCAUCCCAGUUCAGCGAGUAUGUGUUGUGUCGUGAGGACCGGCGGAGUCUCUCCAUCAACACUCCCAUCAGGAUAAAACAGGAACCCCUGGACUAGAGCAUUCUGGGAGAGGGACUACCAACCAAACCCUGAUAAUUCUUCCAUCUUCUCACAGCAACCCAAACUUACCUAUCCCUCCCCCCUGCCCUUACAGAACCACAACCACCCCCAGAUACCUAAGUAUUAGCAGAGGCUUGUUAACCUGGCCAGCUCUGCAGAACUCUUAAGGGGAAUGUAGAACCAAAAAAAAGGAAAAAACAUCAGCAGCAAAGGUUUUUGAUUUUGUUAAAUAACACCCAAAGAUUACGAGACUCUGGCGAAAGGAAACACACUGACAAAUGGACUCAAUAGCAGCUCACUUGAACCAUUUUAGCAACAAGAAUGGUUGUUAUUUUUUCCUAAUUUUAUUAUGAAAGAGAUGUCCUGACCUUUUGGAGAGACAUUAAUGCCAAUUUCUUAAAUCCUUAUACUAUAAUCCCCUAAAACACACAAAAGUACUUCUUUCAGCAGUGUAUCAUCCAGUUCUGUUCAUCUAAGUGGGGAUGAGUCUGGCCUGCUUUGGACAGACAAGAGGCUGGUGAAGACGACAGGACAAGGACAUAAUCCCGUUUUGUGAGUCCCCCAAAAGGUCCCCAAUUCCUGAACCCUCCAAGCCCAUCUCCCCUCAUGCUACUGUUUUUUUUUUUACAGAAGGAGGGGCCUCGCCAAAAAACAGCAUCAUUUGCCAAACUGAUUGUUAAUAACAAUUUCAUUGUUGUUUCUAAAGUAUGUUUCUCUUGCUCCUUGCUGUUCUUAUCAUGACAUGGUGUAAACAAUUAUUAUUAAUAGGAUUAUUUUAAUGUCUCUUUUUUCCUUUCUCCAAUAUGAAGGAUGUAUGAACGUUGUAUUCAUUAGGCUUCGAGAGCCUGUGAGGGAGCGUUUUCUUGGCAGUAGCUGCAGAAACUCAGAUGUCUGCAGGCUAUGUGGCUAAAGCGAUCUUGCUGGCAAUGCAUUCAGAGCCGGAAAAAGUCCCAUUGUUCAAACCGAGAUGGAAGAAAACCUGGAUGUUUCAACAUUGUCUCUUGUCAAAUGUGCAGCACACAUUUAAAAAAAGUGCUCUGUUAAAUUUCAGUUCAUCAGCUCCAAAGCAUAUCUCGGGUGUCUGAUUGGCUUCUUUCUCACGAGAACAAACCUUUGUUUAUAUUUAGCAGAAGCUUAAGAAAGUUCAUGAAAUUAAAAUUCAGGUUGAAGUUGCACAAGCUCCCAAAGUGUAUUGCAGUUUUGUUGAGUAAGAAUGUUAAAGACUUGAGGACUAAUGUGGAGGUUUGAUGUUUACCAGUAUGUCUCGUGAUAAGUGUGAGAUGUACUCUAAAUACUUCACGUUUCUUUGCACUUAAACCUACCCUGUUUGAACCCAGUGACCUGUGCUGAGUCCACCUGUUAAACUUCAGGUGACAAACCAAAACAUUUGAAAGAGGGGAAACUUACAAUAGAACAAAUACUUAGGGUACCAAAGGAGACGAGUUGCUUCUUUUGUUGAUUGUACAAACAUAAAAGCGUAAUCUCCUUUUACAGUUAAAAACUAAAUAAGACACAAUAAACAUUUGAAGGGCACCAGCAUUCGUUCCCUCAGGCCUCCAGUCUUGACAGUUUUGUUGAGAAUAGCUCACAGUACCUUCAGAUGAAGUUUAAGAGACAAAGUCUCUGUUUGUUGCUAUAUUGUCACUUCUAAGCCAAGAUGAUUUCAAUGCUUCUUCACAUGUAUGUAUGGCAGAACCCAGUGUGAACUAUACUCCCAGCAUCAGAGCAUUGUUCACAAAAAGGCGAGUGGGUGGCAUUUACUCCAUCCUGCUCUCAUUCUUUUGGUCUUAUUCUCAACAUUUCUGGAUCAAAGACAAAAACAAGAAAGGCCAAGUUUUCAUGCUUUAUAUUUGUGUGUAACUUACAGAUGCUGUUUCUUCCAUUCCAAACGACUGAUAAAAAAGAAAAGCCCAUGAUCUCUGCAGGCUCUGACAGUUGUUUGAAUUGAACUGUGGUUGUUUUUUUAUAAACUAGUAGUUCAUUAAAAAUGGCUGGUAGUUCUCUUUGACCAUAUUGUCUUGAUAACUGCUCUCCUCGGAUGGCUGCUGAUUAAACAAGGCCAAUGAGUGGAUAAAGAUGAGCUCGGUUUAGCUCCCAGUCCAGCGCUCUCCUACCCGAGGGGGUCUCUCUCACAAUCAAGCCCAUCUUUGUUCUGACCUGCCAGUGGCCUGCGCCUUUGCAUCCAGUCGCCUCAAAGGGAAUGGUCAACCAGGCCUUUCAUGUGCCGAGGCAUGUUGGGCUCUUCACAGCGCUCCUCGUCCCCCCUCUCUGCCUCCCCGAAGGCUCCCAGCUCAGCGGUGCCAGUAGAAACUCAGGCUGCACCCCCUGCUGCUGUGUCAUCCCCAUGCCCUGGUUUUCAAAAAUGCCCUUCUGUGCUGUGGCUCGCUGGACCACACCGCAACAAGCCAAACAAACUGAUGAGUCAAAUGUGAGUGUACUGAGAACACACUGUACAGCCAGGAGACUCUGCGGCUGCUGAUCCCCAGAUCUUUGAUCCAGUUCAUGUGAGGUGUGGAAACUCAUCUGGGUUAGCUUUUGAGGAAACAGGGGUAAAAAAAAUAACCAGUGUUGUACUCAAGCCACACAUCUGCAAGAGUUAAAUUCUUCAGGGAGGAAGGGGAGAAGUAUUUUUUUCUCACUGAUGUGGCAUUUGGAAUCACAAAAUGGGCUUUUAGCGGCUUUACAGAGUGAAGGGGUUAUGCACUCAUGAUUAAAAACAAAAUGACCAAUCAAACCUGCACAUAAUGCAGGAAAAAGAGCCAAAAUUGCAGGUUUGGGUUCCUCUGUCUGCAAUAAGCAAACCUGACAUACCCCUUCCUGCUCUACAAACAAGUGUCAGGUUAACUACAGAGCUAGACAGGACUUGAAACUCCCUAGACGUGUCCACACGUGCUGCCGUUUCAGAUGAAGUACUGGUCAGUGUUUCAGCCACUUCACAUGGCAUUCACUCCACCUCUGAGACGGGUCCAGUUGUACAGUUAUUGUAUAUUGAACUAUCAGUACUCUGGGGUUUAGGGGACCCCUUGUGUUUUUAAAGAGACCUCUCAGUCCUCUUCACAAAAAGAAUGAAAAUAAUUCAAAGCGUUACAUUGUGUACAUAUGGAUUAAAACAUUUCAAAGGGUAUCAUAAGGUGCAAAUGUAUAUUAUUUAAAGUGUUUAAAACAAUUAGACUGUGGUAUUAAAGGGCAUGUGUUCAUUUA